GCUACGGAUUUGCUGCCUACUUGGAGGAAAAGGUGAAUCAGGACAUAUACCUUUGCAAGCAUCCCUGGGACUACUCUAUGCAGUUCCCAACAAAAUCUAUUACUGAUUAUGCCGUCAUCCCAAACGCCUUUCCGCUGGGCUUUAACCAAAUCUCCGUGUGUCUGUGGCUGAGAGUUCCCGCAGAUUCCUUCGUGGACUGUCAUACUAAGUAUGGAUUCGAUUGCCCCUACCACGCGGUGUGGACAUACCAUAGAGAUGGCAUCUCCAACGAAGAGAUGAAAUAUGCAGUCUUCUCAAACGGUUGUAUGAGGUUCUACAUGUGGGCUAACGAAGGCAUUCGAGCCAAAGUUUGCGACUAUUUAAUCACCGAUGGCAACUGGCACUUUGUAUGCACAACCUAUGACAGUCUGACUGGAGCUCACCAAAUCUUCUUGGAUGACCAACCGAAAUACACUGGCACUUCCUCACAACUUGUAAGCUACAUCGCUGACACAGGGCUAACUUCAUAG